GGUGUUUUCUCUCUCUCUUCUAGAUCGCCAUCAUGGGUCGUAUGCACGCUCCUGGAAAGGGCCUGUCCCAGUCGGCGCUGCCCUACAGACGCAGUGUGCCCACAUGGCUGAAACUGACGUCUGAUGAUGUUAAAGAACAGAUCUACAAGUUGGCCAAGAAGGGCCUGACUCCCUCUCAGAUUGGUGUAAUCCUGAGGGACUCCCAUGGUGUUGCCCAGGUGCGUUUUGUCACUGGCAACAAGAUUCUGAGAAUCCUGAAGUCUAAGGGCCUUGCCCCUGACCUGCCCGAGGAUCUGUACCACCUGAUCAAGAAGGCCGUCGCCGUGAGGAAGCACUUGGAAAGGAACAGAAAGGACAAGGAUGCUAAAUUCCGUCUGAUUCUCAUCGAGAGCAGAAUCCACAGACUUGCCCGUUACUACAAGACCAAGAGAGUACUCCCACCCAACUGGAAGUACGAAUCCUCCACAGCAUCAGCCCUUGUCGCAUAAGUCUCAUCACCUGUUGGACAAAUAAAUGGUGUUUCACUCUGAUUGAAAA